GAGAGAGAGAGCGAGAAACCAGAGAAAGUAGAGAGAGAACCACACAAAUUCCCUGAGAAAAUGGCGAAUUUGAAGGGUUUUCGAACAAUGUCACGUCCACAGACCAAAUCAACCACAACUACAACCAUCUUCAUCUUCGAUCAGUUCUUCACAAAAUUCUUCUACCGCGAUCAGCUUAUCAAAACCAUCGCAUUAAUAACUUGUUCCGGAAUUUCAUUUUCGGGGUUCGAUUCCGAGUUACUGAUUCUUCCAAAAGAUGGGAGUUUCGCACCGGUUUGGACCAACUGCUGGAAUUGUUCGAGUUGGUGAUGGAAGAAGAAAAAUUCAAUGUAGCGGGCUUUCCGUUGAAAAUUGAAAUGGGCACUUCAGUGAAGAUCACUGUUGGUUCUCAUGUUUGGGUUGAAGACUCGGCAUUGGUUUGGAUUGAUGGACAAGUAUCAAAGAUUACUGGACAGGAUGCUGAGAUACAAACUAGUAAUGAAAAGACGGUGGUUGCAAAUUUAUCAAAAUUAUAUCCAAAAGAGAUGGAGUUUCCUGCCCAUGGAGUUGCUGACAUGACUAAGCUUUCAUAUUUGCAUGAGCCUGGAGUUCUGCAGAAUUUGGCAAUUAGAUAUGAACUCAGUCAAAUCUAUACUUACACUGGAAAUAUUCUUAUUGCCAUCAAUCCAUUCCAAGGUCUUCCUCAUUUAUAUGAUACACACGCUAUGGAAAAAUACAAGGGAGCACCAUUUGGAGAAUUGAGCCCUCAUGUUUUUGCCAUUGCUGAUGUUGCUUAUAGGGAUAUGGCCAAUGAGGGGAAAGGCAACUCCAUUCUGGUCAGUGGUGAAAGUGGGGCUGGUAAGACAGAAACCACUAAAAUGCUUAUGCGCUACCUUGCUUAUUUGGGUGGCAAUACUGUUACAGAAGGACGGUCUGUUGAACAAAAAGUUCUGGAAUCAAAUCCGGUUCUUGAAGCAUUUGGCAAUGCAAAAACUGUCAGAAAUAACAAUUCAAGCCGUUUUGGUAAAUUUGUUGUGAUUCAAUUUGAUAAGCAUGGGCGAAUAUCAGGGGCAGCCAUUAGAACUUAUCUUCUUGAGAGAUCUCGUGUUUGCCAAAUUUCAGAUCCUGAACGCAACUAUCAUUGUUUUUACCAUCUUUGUGCAGCACCACCAGAGGAAAUCGAGAGAUAUAAGUUGGGAAAUCCUAAAUCAUUUCACUACCUUAAUCAAUCAAAUUGCCAUGAACUUCUGGAUGUAAAUGAUGCCCAGUAUUAUCUUGCUACUAGAAGAGCUAUGGAUAUUGUUGGAAUAAGUGAAAAGGAACAGGAGGCUAUUUUCAGAGUUGUGGCUGCAAUUCUUCAUCUUGGUAAUAUUGAUUUUGCUAAGGGGGAAGAAGUUGAUUCAUCAGUUUUGAAAGAUGACAAAGCUAAAUUCCAUCUUCAAAUGACUUCAGAACUUCUCAUGUGUGAUCCUCAUGCAUUGGAAGAUGCACUAUGUAAGCGAGUAAUGGUCACCCCUGAAGAAGUUAUCAAGAGAAGUCUUGAUCCUCUUGGUGCUGCAGUUAGCAGGGAUGGCUUAGCGAAGACAAUAUAUUCUCGCUUGUUUGACUGGUUGGUGAAUAAGAUUAAUUUCUCAAUUGGGCAAGAUCCUAAUUCAAAAUCUACGAUUGGGGUCCUUGACAUCUAUGGUUUUGAAAGCUUCAAAACUAAUAGUUUUGAACAGUUCUGUAUUAAUUUCACAAAUGAGAAGCUGCAACAACAUUUUAACCAGCAUGUAUUUAAGAUGGAGCAAGAGGAGUACUCAAAAGAGGGAAUUGACUGGAGCUACAUAGAAUUUAUUGAUAAUCAAGAUGUCUUGGAUCUUAUUGAAAAGAAACCUGGAGGAAUCAUUGCCCUGCUUGAUGAAGCUUGUAUGUUUCCAAAGUCAACCCAUGAGACAUUUUCGAAUAAGCUUUAUCAGACAUUCAAAGUUCACAAACGCUUUAUCAAGCCAAAGUUGGCUCGCACAGAUUUCACCAUCGCUCAUUAUGCAGGAGAAGUUCAAUACCAGUCUGAUCAAUUUCUAGACAAAAACAAAGACUAUGUUGUUCCUGAGCAUCAGGACUUGUUAAGUGCCUCCAAAUGUGGUUUUGUUGCAGGCCUUUUCCCUCUACUUUCUGAGGAGACAAUGAAAUCUUCGAAGUUUUCCUCUAUUGGUUCUCAUUUUAAGCUACAACUACAACAUUUAAUGGACACACUUAAUUCCACACAACCUCAUUACAUUAGAUGUGUGAAGCCCAACACUCUUUUAAAGCCUGCCAUAUUUGAGAAUGCCAAUGUCAUGCAACAACUACGUUCUGGUGGCGUUCUAGAGGCAAUUAGAAUCAGUUGUGCUGGAUAUCCUACUCACAGGACAUUUUCUGAAUUUGUAAAUCGGUUUCGUAUUCUUUCUCCAGAGGUUUUGACAGAGAAUCAUGAAGAGAAGUUUGUAUGUCAAAAGAUUCUGGAAAAGUUGGGGUUUACCGGGUUUCAGAUUGGAAAUACAAAAGUUUUCCUGAGAGCUGGUCAGAUGGCUGAGUUAGAUGCACGAAGAGCAGAAGUACAGGGAAAUGCAAUUAAGAUUAUUCAAAGGCGGACUAGAACUCAUAUUGCUCGUAAACAGUAUGUUGCUUUGCGGGUGGCGACUAUUCAUGCACAAUCUCUAUGGAGAGAAAAAGUUGCUUGCAAGUUAUAUGCACACAUGAGGCAGGAGGGGGCUGCAAUUAAAAUUCAGAAGAAUCUUCGUAGACACCUGGCCAGAAAGGUCUACACCAAACUCAUGUCUUGUGCACUUGUCUUGCAGACAGGUUUACGAGCAAUGGCUGCUCAUGAUGAAUUCAGAUAUAGAAAGGAAACCAAGGCAGCAAUUAUCAUUCAGGCCCGUUGGUGCUGUCAUAGAGAUUUUUCAUACUAUAAGAAACUCAAAAGAGCAUCAAUCAUAUCACAAUGUGGAUGGAGGGGGAGAAUUGCCAGGAAAGAGCUGAGGCAACUAAGCAUUGCUGCUAAAGAAACAGGUGCACUCCAGGAAGCCAAAGCUAAGCUUGAAAAACAAGUGGAGGAGCUCACAAGAAGUUUGCAGUUGGAAAGACGUUUGAGGGCUGAACUGGAAGAAGCAAAUGAACAGGAAAUAACAAAGUUGCAACAAUCCUUACGAGCUAUGCGGAAUGAAGUUGAUCUAACAAAUGCAUUGCUUGUCAAGGAAUGUGAGGCUGCUGAGAGGUCAUUUGAAGAAGCACCUCCUAUUAUCAAAGAAACCCUCUCUCUUGUUGAAGAUACUGACAAGAUUAAUAAUCUAUCUGCAGAGGUGGAAAAAUUGAAGGCUUUGCUGCAAUCAGAAAAACAAAGAGCUGAUGACUUUGAAAGGAAAUUGGAAGAAGCCGAGGAAUCCAGUGAAGCAAGACGCAAGAGGUUAGAAGAAACUGAGAGAAGAGUUCAGCAACUCCAGGAAUCUUUGAACAGGAUGAUAUACAGCAUGUCAGAACAGGUCUCAGCGCUGAAAAUGAUCUUGCAUACGUCGUCAAACUCGAGUUCAACAUCAGGGUCUAUUGCUAGAUAUGACCGGGGUGAUGUUGUUUCUUCUACCUCUGAUGCUACAUCCACUGCCUCUGAUUUUACUUUUCCAACCCCUGUUCCAAGUUCAGUGACUUACUCUUCUUUCCAUCCGGAUGCUCUCCAGAUGAUUGUUCAGGAUCUUUCAGUAACUGAAAUUUCAGGAUCUGAACACUGGGAAAGCGAUCGGGAGGGGGCAUUCGAUGACUUUUUUUGAUCUUUCUGUUUCUUAUGGUAAAUCGUCACAUUACCACUAGCCAAGGUAGUCUAAUAAAUCAUGGACCUUCUGGCAUUGGGCACCCCAAAGUAUAAUGGAUUAGAUACAUGCUGUGUACCAGAUGGUCAAUGGACAAGAACAGCAACAAAUAUCAAUGGGUUCCAGAACUGAAAUGAGAGGUAAGGAAAUUGCAGGGGGUGGUGGCAGUCGGGUGUAAAGAUACCGGAUGAAUUGAGAUUGUAGGGCUCCCAUUCAAGCUCUGGUCGUCACCUUCCUCAACUACAAUCUCCUUCAUCAUCCCUGUCCCGCUUCUGCAAUUAUCUCUGCAUCCUUCUCAAUUCAAACUCAUCGAAACAAUGAAGUGAUGACCCUUGGUGUUGGGGAGGCCAUAGCUCAGUUUUGUUGGACAAUCUAAACCCCAUAACCGUAAUGUGAAAAAUGUAGGUACUAGUUUCAAAACUUAAGCAUAGAAAUCACGGACUAGGCACUGGAUGUGGCAGAUUUUUUGUGUACUUUGAUUAAUAAUCUUAUAUAUCUUAUAUAAUGUGAAAGUUUUUGGCA